AUGGCAGACCAACAGAUAAGCCUCGUGGACCACACGAAUGGCAGCAACACGCCGGAGACACGCACCGAAGCCUCUCCUCCUCCACACACGGCAGACGCACACAUCGACAUACUAUACGAGAAUCAGCGAGGGUGGUUCGUCUUCGGCAUACCUCUCUUCUCCUCGAAAGCGCUGUGGAACUUCAAGAUUGACCCCGCACCAUGGGUGGACGCAAAGUUCAGGCCUUCCGCCGUCAACAUCACAAAUGCACAGGUGCCUGACCCCAGCUGGGUGUGGGAUUGGAAGAGUUGGUAUGUAGACAUGAGCCUGGAUGUCGACGAGGAGGGCUGGCAGUAUAGCUUGCUGUUCAAAGGCUCGCCAUGGCACGGCAACCACCCGUGGUUCCACAGCUUCGUCAGGCGGAGACGUUGGCUACGAAAACGCGUAAAGCAAAAGCUGCCGCCGAAGACCAAGGCGAGUCAGCGAGAGCGGCUGUUUGGCGAGACCUUCAGCGUCGGCACAACACUAGCCAGGUCCGCUACGCUGGGUACGCUGAGUGCGAGUGCGCAAGACAGCAGCAUGAACUCUUUGAACGAAGAGGUCAAGGACAUUGCGACACUUAUGAGCAAGCUGAAGAAGGCGGCAAUCGACCGCGAGAAGAUUGUCCUCAUCCACAAGUUUAUCGACGACGGCGGGGAAGAGCUGCACUACCUUGCAGAACAGAUACCCGCCAUCAUGUCAAUGCUCAUCUUCCAAAACUCGCGCCGCCAGCUCCUCUCCACGCUCAUGGACCGCUUCGAGGCCGCCAAGUCACACCGCGACGAGCACAUAGCAUCGGGAAAACCAGAAGGCGACGCCGAAGAACGCAGGAUCAACAAUCUUAUGAAAGCUAUUGAGGCUGCAGACGCAGAAUGCAAGGAGCUGGAGUACUGGAGCGACAUACGCAAGCUGGCGCAAGAAGGAAAUGCAGGCAACGCAACCGACACCAAGCACGGCUGGGACGAAAAGUGGCAAGGCCUGGAUGAAAGUGGUGCCAAGCACCCCGAAACAUGA